ACACAUCAACCGCCACUCAGAAAACCCCCCAAAACGAAACGAAGAGUCUCCGCGCCCGCUAGCCCGCUAAGCCUCCCUCUUGUCUUCUUCUCCGGCGAGCGGCGACCCAUCCCAUGCCGGCGACGGACUACCACCAGCAGCAGGGCCCGUUCUCCUCCUUCGGCCGCACCCUCUUCUCCCUCCGCCGGGACACCCCGCCCCACGCGGCGGCCAUGCCGCCGCCGCCGGAGGCGGAGGAGGCGGCCGUCGCCGACCUCGAGGCCUCGUUCCAGCGGCGCGUGGCGGGUGUCCUCUCGGAUCUCCGGGAAGGCUCCGGGGACGACGGGUUCCAAUUCCUCUCCGCCCCCUGGCUCCGGCGGCUCCUCGAGGCGUUCCUCCUCUGCCAGGACGACUUCCGGGCCGUAUCCUCCGCGGCGGCUCAGGCCCAGCGGUGCCGCGGAGCCCAGCAGGCGGAGAGGCUGGCGGCGGAGUUCCACGAGCGCGCUGUGAAGCUGCUCGACGUCUGCAACGCCGCCCGCGACGGGGUCGACCAGGCCCGCCGCUGGGCCCGCCUCGCCGGCAUCGCCGCCUCCGCCGCCGCCGGGGAGAAAGAGAUCCACGAGGGCCAGCUCCGCCGCGCUCGCAAGGCGCUCUCCGACCUCUCCGCCCUCCUCGCCGACGCCAGCUCCUCCGCCGCCAGUUCCAUUCCCCACCGCAACCGCUCCUUCGGCCGCAAUUCCGCAAAAUCUUCCCCGGCCCUCGCUUCCAUCUCGUCUUCUUCUUCCUCCUCGUCUUCGUCCCACUUCCGGUCGCUCUCGUGGGGCGUGUCGCGCUCGUGGUCGGCGGCGCGGCAGCUGCAGGCCAUCGGCACUAACCUAACCCCCCCGCCGAGGACGCACGAGGGCGCGGCCGCGGCGGCGUACGCCAUGGGCUGCGUGCUCCACCUAACCGCGUGGGCGCUCGUGGCCGCCGUCCCGUGCCCCGACCGCGCCGCCGCGCUGCACCACCUCCCGACGCCCCCGCCGCCGCGCGCCGCCGCAGCAUACCCAUGGGCGCCGCCGCUGCUGGCCAUUACCGACCGGCUCGCCGAGGAAGGGAAGCGCAAGGACAGCAGGCGCAGCAACUCGUGCGGCUUCUUCCUAAAGGAAAUCCACGGCCUCGAGAAGAGCUCGCGGCGGCUUUCCGACGCGAUCGACGCCGGCGAGAGGAUGGACGCCGCGGCGGUGCGGGAGGCCGCGGCCGAGCUCGCUGCCGCGUGCGCCGCCGUCAAGGACGGGCUCGACCCGCUGGAGAGGACGGUCCGGGAGGUCUUCCGCUGCGUCGUGCGCUGCCGCAUGGAGGGCCUCGACUUGCCGUUGCUCGCCGCCGGUUGAUCCCCAUCAACAAAAUCAAGCAUUUUGAUCGAUGGAUUUUAGCGGCCAUUGGGUGGCAAUCGCCAUCUGCCUCGAUCUUGGAGGGGUCACAUAUUUUGAUCCACUACGACGCAAGGAGAAUGAACCACAACGCAAAUGUCAUCAACACAGCCUAUCACGACGCGGUGAAAUGGUACGCGAUGCCUAGUUUUAGCCGCAAUCGUGACGCUCUCCUCAGGCACACUUUCAGGUCCCCUGCGAGCAACAGCCUGAAGGAUCCGUCUACUGUGGUUACUACUGCGCGCACACUAUUCAGCAGUUCAUCAAUGACUUCAAGCCAAAGGGGAAGAAGACCUUUGAAGAAGUGAGCAAUUUCUUUCUGGCCAACGCCGAGUUAGGGCACAACUCAGAAAUUCUCGUGUACGAGAUCCAGAAGGACAUCGGCGAAAUCCUCAACAAGGAGGUCCUCAAAACGAGCGGGGAUUACUACGGCGGCAGGAUUGUCACCAAAAGUGGUUAAUUUAUGUGAAACACUUUUAUUUGUGGCUCAUUCUUUCAAACACUUUGUAUACAUGCAUGUGACUUGAAUGUUUAACUCGUGUUGAACUUUGUAACAUAUCUGCUGCUAUUAUGUUUCUUUGGUGCU